GCGCAUGGUUUUCCGUCAUUGGGAUAGUAAAGUACAUCCGACCGUGGUCGACUCAGUGUAAACCAAAAUGCACAGGCGGGUUCUGGUUGCCGAAGUGCGCUCGUUUGUUGAGCGGUGUAUGGUAUCAGUGGGCACAGAUCCAAAGCACGGUGCAGCUCUUUCUCAAGUUCUCACAGAGGCUGAUGUCAGGGGACAUUUCACUCACGGGUUAAACAGAUUAGGUCUGGUAGUUAGAUAACGGCGUAAUAUGUGACUAACACAGUCUAUAGACUGUAAGAUUUUACGCCACUAUGUGCGUCGGUGUAUAUAUAUGUAAGAUUUUAAGCCGUUAACUAACGGCGUAAAAUCUUACAGUAUAUAAUUUACCGACUGGAAGAAAUUACGCCGUUAGUUACUGGCGUAAAAUCUUACAUAUAUAUAUCAUCGACUGGAAGAAAUUACGCCGUUAGUUACUGGCGUAAAAUCUUACAAUAUAUAAUAUACCGACUGGAAGAAAUUACGCCGUUAGUUGCUGGCAUAUAAUCGUACAUAUAAACACAACCGACUGGAAGAAAUAACACCGUUAGUUACUGGCGUAAAAUCUUAUAGUAUAUAGACCGUGUUAAUCGCAUAUUACGCCGUUAUAUAUAUUCCGGCCAUUAGGUCAAUUAUGAUUUGUAUUAAUUACUCAAAAUAUUAAUUCUUCUGUAGCUAUGAAGCUUAAAAAUAACAGGAAAGGAAUCCGAUCGAAGGAAACAUCUUUUGAAAGUUGUAAUCGAACAUAAUCGUUGUUUUCUUCCUAUAGCUGAGUUGAUUAGAAGCACUUUCUUUCGCUUUUCAUCGGUAAUAUUUUCAUUUUGGCUCGUCGAUGUCACCGACUUCACGCUCGGAAUCAUUUCUUUUAUGCCCGUUAAGUUUUUUCCCUACUCAUCACCUUAGCUUCUAUGACCAAGAGACGAUUAUCUACUUGUGUUAAGUAAUUUUACUGACUGUUUUACUUCAAAUUUUUUACGAGAUCAAAAUUUCUGUCUUCUUCAAAAUUUCCGUCUUCUCCAAAAUUUCCGUCUUCUUCAAAAUUUCCGUCUUCUUCAAAAUUUCCGUCUUCUUCAAAAUUUAGGAUCUCAAAAGUACUUAACAUGCAAUAUAAGGUUUAAUUCUUGCGUAUGUUGAUAAGGAAAUCCGAGGUCAAAAGACAAACUUAACACACUUUACGGCGAACUCAAUUAUUUGUGUUCAUUCCAGCCAGAAAUUAAGUAGUAAAAGGGAAUUAGCCGUCUGCUACAUACGUGCAUGUACCCAUAACUUAUAUUACUCUAGGAUUUUAUGAUAGCUAUAAUCAGCCAAUAUCUUUGAGAAAUUAAUCAAUUUAUUUCAUCGAUUUUUUUAACAAUGCUAACACUCUUUUAACUCUGCGUUACAUUACUUUUAAGAAAUUUACAUUCGUGACAUAAAGAAUGGCAUCACGCAACCGAAGGGUGAACCAAGCAUUGAAAAGGACUUUGCAGCCUCCGCACUGGUUGAUGGGAACAAUCUUCUUGGUCCGGUAUGAAUUUCAACACAUUUUCUUUCUAAAUUUGACCCUUUGCACUCCAACAUCAGAGUGCAUAUUCUCCUUACUGCUCUUUAUACAUUUCUUUAACAACCCAACGACUCGACCCAAACUCCCCUCGUUUUUUCACUCCUCCGCUACUUUCGCGGCGUUUAUUAUCGCGUUCCGUUUUAUUUACUAAACAACAAUCAAUCAACUUACAUGGAUCUUGGAUCCUCCAAAAUCAUUUUGGCUCUCUUCAGUCUUAUUUGUUUCUGCAAGCCGAAUAGAAGCUAUGUACCACUGUAUGUUCAAGUGAACUGAGUAGGAAAAGUGUUAAAUUUCUUUAAAGUUUGUCCGGCUCGGAAAGACGUUUAUUUUCCUCGUUAGUCACGUUUUUCGUUUUUAGUCUUGUCACGCAAUACAAGAAAAUCAGGCAUGACAUGCAUAGCUCUCGAUGCAUUAACUAGCUUUGAUUCACCCUCUUCUGUCUUAAACAGGUUGUUGGUAACUUUUGCAUGGAUUUAGCCAUAAAGAAAGCAAAAGAGUAUGGAAUUGGCUGGAUUGCAUGUAAAGGUAACGUAUUCUUUCAUUACAGAUAGCUGCUGCUGAAUUGUGACUUGGAGUGCGUUACAGUUACUCCUAAGAGAUAUGCCUCGUCCUGGCACACCCAGCGCACUUUGCGUCACACUUUCAACUAUUUAUGCUCUGAAAAUCCCUGCGUCUUUGGAGGUUUUGUGGGAGUCCUUCCGCGACGUUGUCGUGAAAGGGAAUUGCAAGUAUACUAGACAUUUUCUCUGCUUGUACGCGCACGAGUGGAUCCAGGAUUUUGCUCAGGAGGGGGUGCACCACUAAGGAGUGACGAAACUGAAGGGUUACAACAGAUUUUGUAUAACCGUGAAGUGAGCCGCAGGUCAUCUCAAGGGGGGAGGAUAUGCGACCCCGUGCGGCCCUCCCUCAGAUCCGCCCCCUAUUAUGAUAGAUCAUAAUCAGGACUGGCAAUUUUCCCUUGAUUUUUAUUUAAGGCUCAACACAUUUCGGUAUCGCAGCGUGGUACAGCGGUCAAGCACUACAACAUGGAAUGAUAGUAAGUCGAAAAUAACAGACAUAAGAGCAGUUUUCAAUUGAGGGUCGAAAAACCAAAACAAAAGUAAUUCUAUCAACCAAUCAAAACAAGGGUUUGCAUUAUCAAUAGCCAAUGAGAACUCAAAGUGAAAGCAACGAAACUGCUUGAAGCGCGGGAAAACGCGUAUGACCAAGGCGUCGCAAUUGUUUUUAUUUUUGCAUCUGAUUGGUUCAGAGGAUGGCGCCAGUUUUCUGGACCAAUCACAGAGCAAAGUUAAGUAAAACCAAUUAAGGCAAUACCGGAUGACUUUCGACACUCAAUUGAAAAUUGCUGUAAUUGUUAGGUGUGCACCAACGUUUGCGUAACUUGAAAAACUUAUCAAGAUAAGCAAGAGUUGUUCUACUUCAUUCACUUCUCAGGGUAUGAGCAUGACAAACACUUCCCCUGUGGUGGUACCAACCAAAGCAGCUAAGGUAACUUUUUAUAAGCAUUGCAGUAUGACAAUCAUUGCGGAUUCCUAACCAGGCCAUUAAUUGAAAUGUAAGGAUAAAUAAGUUACCUUUUUCUUUCGUUAUUUCGUACGCGUGGUGAAUCAGUCUUUGUUAAUUUUCAUUACAGCCAUCUAUUGGAACAAACCCGUUGUCAGUUGCUGCCCCAGGGAAGGAUGGGGACAGUUUCCUCCUGGAUAUGGCCGUGUCAGCAGUGGCAUAUGGCAAGGUAAAGGUGACUAAAUAGGUGGACGGAAAGAAAGACAGACAGGCAUACAGGCAGAAUGACAGACAGGCAGACAGACAGACAGACAGACAGAUAGACAGAUGGACAGAUGGACAGAUGGACAGGUAGACAGAUAGGCAGAUAGAAGGACAGUCAGAUAGUUAGACAGACAAAGAUAGACAGACAAGCACAUAGACAGACAGACAGACAGACAGGCCGACGAACAAACAGACAGAUAGACAAACGAACAAAGAGAUAGGUUGAUGGACAGAUAGACAGAAAAACGAUAGAUAGUUAGACAGACGGAAACAUAUACAGACAGAUGGACAGAUAGACAGAUGGACAGACAGAAAGAUGGACAGACUGACAUAUGGACAGACAGACAGAUGGACAGACUGACAUAUGGACAGACAGACAGACAGAUAGACAGACUGACAUAUGAAUAGACAGACAGAUAGACAGGUGGACAGACAAACGGAUGGACAGUUAGACAGACGAACACAUAGAUAGACAGGUGGACAGAUAGGCAGAUGGACAGACUGACAGAUAGAGAAAUAGAACGAAGGAACGAAGCGAAGCGUCAAAGCGUCAGCAUUGCUGGUGAUUAUAAGCUUUUUUCAAGGCGUGUGAUGUACUGAAUCUCAAUUCAUUUUGCCCCUUAUUUUGUUUCAGCUUGAACUAUGCCGUUUAAAAGGAACUGAAAUGCCACAGGGGUGGGGUGUGGACUCGAAAGGAUCGGUAAGAUAUCUCGUUUCAAAAAUGGCACAUACACUUCUUGAUGAAUAUGUGACUUUCCAAUAGCUUUCAUAUUGGUUUUCUUGGAACACACACAGUCACCGUAAUCGCCCAUAAGAGAAGAUGUGGUCUCUUGUCGCCCCAUUAAAAACAUCGGGUCUAAAAAGCCCCCUGUUUAAGACUUUAAAUGGUAUUUAAAAUUGAAGACCCACAAACCACACUGUGGUUAGGCUCGAAAACAAGCCACUCUUUGGAAAAUGAACCACGCUCCUCCCCGCAGAUGGCGAAAAUCAGACCACGUAAGGAAGUUUCCCCCAAAUAAGGGAGUUUCCCCCAAGGGUGUCGUACCUUUUUCCGCUUUAAUAACAGGCUUAAGCAUGAUACGUCACCUUCCUAAGUUUGCUACGAAAGUCCAUCUAGUUACGGUGUUGGAAAAAAAAAGCUGUAUCUGUUUUUUAGGAAACUGUUGAUCCUGAAAAGGCGCUAAAAGAGGGUGGAUUACUGCCUCUGGGAGGAAAGGAAAUUACAGGUGACUCAAAAGCUAAAUUUAACCAGUUUUAAAAAAAGUUUUUAGAUUUUUGUUCCUUUUUUAUGCUUACAGGUAGACGGAGCUUUAGCAACGGAGGCUUUAUUUUGGCUGCUGAACCUAAUAGUCUGUCUUUGAAUUACCAUCUGGCAAAUAUUGGGUCUACAUUUUUCAAUUUUUCAUUUCUAAUUGGCUUUCCUGUUGCCAUUUUGGUGUUUAUCUACCUUAAGAGAUUAAUAUUCUCUCGUUUCUCUGUCCAGUGAGUCAUUAUAAACGUCUCAUAAAAGUGAUUAUGAGUAGGCGAUAAAGUCUCUUGUAAGGCUCCGUGUCUUAAUUCAAUCUCUCUUCUUCAUCGAAAUCCACCAAGCAGAAAGAGUAGUGCCCGUCCUGACGCCGCUGUCCUGAAAACUAUGUUUAACCCUUUGAGCCCCUAGGAGUGACUCGUAUCUAAUUUCUCCUUACAAUAUCACCUCUGAGUCACACUUUGAGCUCUCGAGAAUAAAGGAAAUGAUCAUCAACUUCUAAAGAAACUCUUGAUUUUUAAAUAAGCUCUCCUUCUCCUUAGGGUGUAAAGGGUUAACUCUCAGAGGUGAUUAAUAUGUUACUUCUUCCAAUAAUAUCCAUACAUUAUCCAGCAAGUAGGUAAUGAGAAUACUCAAGCUUAUCAAGUUUAAGUAGUUUUCUUGAUCUAACACCAAAUUCUCGUAACUAAUCUAUAAAGAAAUGUGCAGCAGUUAGAGAAGAGAAUUAACAAUCAGAUCUUGGGAGUUAAAGGGUUAAAACCUGUUCCGUCCUUUCUUCCUGCAACCCUUUUUGAUGAUGUAUGAAGAUCAAGGGACACAUUUUUCAUUGUGCAUGGCAUAUUCAAGUUACCUUCAUGUCUUUUUUUUAAUUUCCAGGUGGUUAUAAAGGUUUUGGAUUAGCCAUGAUGGUGGAUGUGUUUUGUGGGAUUUUAUCGGGAUCUGAAUUUGGGACAAACAUCAAACGCUGGCAAGGAGAGGAAGAAAGAGUGCAAAAUUUGGUAACAAUUUGAAAUUGAUUUCAGCUUGCCUUUGAAUCUCUUAAGUGAGGUUCAUAUGUGUUCCUUUUUUUUUUCCUACGACAGGGUCAGUGUUUUGUAGCAAUAAAUCCUAAAGUUUAUGCUGACGGAUUUGAGGAUCGAAUGCAAGCUUUGAUGGAUCAGUACAGAAAUUUAGAACCGGUCAGUAUGUGAUAUGUGGUAUUGACAGGCAUGAUGGAAGAGGAAAUAAAAUGCAAGACACCAGAGAAGGGGAGGGGGGGGUUAAUCACACAUACGGACAGACAUGCAUAAGGACAUACAGACACACAGACCGACUGACCGACAGGUAGACAGACGGACCCAGUAAAGUAGACCAAAAGGCACAGACAUGGAGACAGACAGACGGAUGGACGAACAUACAUACAAAUACGUGCAUACGUCAGACGGAUAAACUGACAGUAAGACAAGCCGAAUAUUUUGGAUGCAAUAUGUGAUAUUGAAAGUUGUGAACUGAACAAGUAAACAGAAAACGGCAUAUAGGCCUCAGUUGGUCAGGCAGACAGACAGACCAAUAGAAAGACAGACAGUGAGUCUCUUCAUACCAAAUGUGUUAGUAAGUUAACGCUGAAAGACAAACAUACUGCUGAAAGGAAAACUGAGGCAGUCAUGUAGAGAGAUAAAAGUCAGACCAGCGAAGAUACAGACUGAUGGGUAAACUCACAUAGACAGGGAGACAGGUGUAACGAAGAAAGGUAGAUAUCAGAAUACAGAGAGAUAAUCAAAUAGACAGACAGUCAAACAGGCCGACAGACAGACAAAAAGACAGGCAGACAGACUAAUCAACAAACCGACAGAUAGGCUGGCAGGCAAACGAACAGACUAACAAACCGAAAGACAGACAGAUAGACAGACAGGUUGAAAGACCGAUAGACAAACAAACCAACGGACCGACAGAGGGACAGACCAACAGACAGAGAGACUGACAGACUGACAGAUAGAUAGACCCGCAAAAUUGGGGUGUUGAAGAGGUAAGACUGUGUCAGACAGAUGAAUUUGACUACUUUCUGUAGCCUAGGUGUACUUGUGGUCUCUUUAGAAACGAUCCUUUGAUAUGAUUAUCUGUGUUUGUUUGUUUUUUUUCCAAGGCUGAAGGCGAGACCGCGGUACUUGUUGCCGGCGAUCCUGAAAGAGAACACAUGCGCAAAGUUCGUCAAGACGGUGCCAUUCAUUAUCACGUUAACCUGUUGCAAAAUAUGGUUUGUAAUGUCAGAUUUUUAGUAUUUAGCCCUUUUAUGUCCAGGUUACCUCUAGGAGUGAGUAGCAUUUAAUUUCUCUUUACGGCAUGAGUCAAACAUCAAGGUUUCGAGAAUAGCGGAAGAUCGCCAACUGAAGGGGCUGUUGAUCAUUAAAAAUAUUCUUUACCAAAGGUCGCAUUUCAUACCUCCCCCCUCAAGUGCUCACGGUGGUAGGAAGAAGAGAGACCUUAAGGAAGACUUUAGAAAGAAGACUUGUAUUUUUCAUUUGAGCCGAUGCAACUUUUAAAUGUUUUACUGUAAGUUUGACUUCGAAGGUUCUCGCCUCUAACAAUACUCCGAUUGACAAAAAAGAACGUUUUUCCCAGCCCCUGCUAAUUUCUUCUAUUGGUUAGCACAAGGGAGCUAAUUUACAGAUUUUUUUUCGGUCGCUAAGGUUGGCAAGAGAGCGAGGAAAUAAUGAAAUAUCUUAAUAAUAAAUAGUAGCAGAAAAUUAAUGUGUGUUGGUUUUUUUUUUUUUUUUUGUAGGAUCAAAUUGCUGAUAGGUUAGGUGUGGAACAUUUACCAACGUUGUAGAGACCUUACUUGGUCCCAGUUCACACGCAGUAGGAAGGAAAAUAAGACAUCUCCAGUGACGCUCAUCUCUAACUAGAAGUAAAAUGUAGAGAUUGGGUACUAGUUACCAGAAAAAGACCAAAACUAGACUUAGAAAAAUGUUCUCUAAGAUGUCGAAAAACUGUCAGCAAUAUCAAUAGAUAUUAAAACAGUGAUCCUAUUGUAGAGCGCCUCAAUGGAGUGAUGGUUUUUACGGCUAACGGAUAAAAAUUUUGGCCAUGCUACGGCUACGGUUAACCCAAAAAUGACUUAAGAUGAGACAUUGCAGGAAAGCAAAAUUCAGAGG